UCUUCUUUCUUCCUUUAUCUCUACAUCGAAUCGAUAAUCGACAUGUCUAUCCGACAGCCAGACCGGUUAGAUGCCUGGAUCCUGGGCAGCGGUAUUGCGUCGCUCACGGCGGCUGUGCAUCUCUUGCAAGAGGCGCAAGUACCGCCCUCCCGAAUCCACAUUGUAGAGACGCUUGGAGCUCCAGGUGGCACCACCACCAGCUUCGGGGAUGCGGAGCAUGGCUAUGACUAUCGCGGAGGUGUGCGGCCCCAGUUCAAUGAUAUAUGCAUGGACGCCCUGCUCUCUUUGGUUCCUUCGAAGUCCAAUCCCAAGCAAACGUUGCGCGACGACAUACUCCAACAUGCGGAAUCUCAUGAGGCAAAGGGACACACAAAGCCGGCACAGACCCGGUUUGUAGAACGAAAACCGGACGGAAUAUCUCGAGUUGAUGCGAAAAAGGCGACCCUGGGAUUGCGGGAUCGCAUCGACCUGUUCAUGCUGGCAUCGAAAACAGAGAAGGCCUUGGGUAGAGCCCAUAUCCGUGAUUUCUUCAACGAGAGUUUCUUUCACAGUGGAUAUUGGCUCACACUUGCUACGACAUUCGGGUUUAAACCCUCUCACAGCGCCGCUGAAUUCAGUCGGUAUCUCCACCGAUUUAACAACCUCCAUGAUCUCCAGCGGCUUCAUCCCCUCGACGCUGGCAAAUACAACGUUCAUGAAUCUAUAAUAAAUCCAAUUGUCGAAUUUCUGCACUCCAAAGGGGUAGAUUUUCACUUCAAUACUACCGUAUGCGACGUCAUAUUUGCUUAUGACAAGGACACUCGUGAACCGUCUUUUGUCACGGCCAUCCGCACUGCACCAGCCCACGAACGAAGCACUUCCAUCCCGUCCGCUAAGGAGAAGACUAUUUUCUUAAAAGAUGAUGACUUUGUCAUGGUCAAUUUAGGCUCGAUCUACUCCAGCAUCCUGCAUGGGGAUAAUACGCACCCUCCACCGUGUCUCGAACAUAUCCAGAGCACACUCACUCCUGACACCGAGGACAACCCAAUAGAUACCGAGCUGGACGAGAACUGGCUGCUCUGGCUCGAGCUUUCCACAAAGCAUUCCAAAUUCGGGAACGCAUAUAACUUCUGCACCCGGCUGCACGACUCCCGCAUCGAAUCAUUCACCAUCACGCUCCACUCGCCUGAAUUCUUCACCCGUCUUACAGAGGCCACGGGCAAUGCUCCUGGGCCGACAAAUAUUCUUACACUACGCGACUCUUCCUGGCUUAUCACCCUCCGCAUCCCUAGCCAACCUGUCUUCCCGGACCAGCCGGACAGCGUCCAAGUCUGCUGUGGAUACGCUCUGUUUCCCGAGAAGAAUGGAGAUUACCUCGCGAAGCCAAUGCUCAACUGCUCAGGUCAGGAAAUUCUCUCGGAAAUAUUGCACCAUCUGCAAUUCCCAAUCGAGCCCAUCACCAGUAAAUCCAUUACUAUUCCGUGUAUCCAACCUCGCGCUGCUGCAACGCUGCUUCCUCGAGUCCCCGAAAAUCGGCCGCAUAUCAUUCCACCGGGGGUAGCUAAUAUGGCAAUGAUCGGUCCGUUUGUUAAUAUCCCAGACGAGGUUGUGGUUACAGCUGAUUAUAGCGUUCGAGGAGCACAAAUGGCUGUACGACAUCUUAUGAAGGUAGAUCGGCUGUUGAAGAAGUCCAAACGGACAUCAGCAAUUAAUUUACUAGGUUUGCUAUAAUCCAAUAUGUAAACAAGAAAUAUGAUUUACACCUUUGAUG